UUAAUCUCUUCCCACACUCCAAAAGCUUUCUCUCUCUACUCUCUCUCUCUCUUCACUGUCUUCUACACAGGAGAAAGAAUGUCCUUCUUCUUCCAUUCCUUUACCCACAUAUAAAUACUCAAACAUUUUUACAUAUAAAUAUACAAAUAUAUCGCAUACACACUCCCUUUCAGCUCGAUUUUAGUUUUCUGUGUGUUUUUUUGUUUUUGUUUUUGGGCUGAAUUUUCUUGAUAAAUACAACAGAGUGGGGGGUUUUUGUGGAGGUGAUUGCAGAUUUGUGUGUGUGUAUAUAUAGGAGGGAGAGUGGGGGGAGUGAAAACAACAUGGGUGGGGUGACGUCAUCAAUGGCGGCGAAGCUGGCGUUCUUCCCGCCGAACCCGCCGUCGUACAAGGUGGCGACGGACGAGGUGACGGGGCUGCUGCUGCUGGAGCCGUUCCCGCACAGGGAGAACGUCGACGUUCUGCGGCUGCCGACGCGGCGGGGCUCGGAGAUUGUGGCGCUGUAUGUCCGGUAUCCGAUGGCCACCUCUACGCUGCUCUACUCCCACGGCAACGCCGCCGAUAUCGGGCAGAUGUACGAGCUCUUCAUCCAGCUUAGCAUUCACCUCAAGGUGAAUCUCAUGGGGUAUGACUACUCUGGCUACGGGCAGUCCACUGGAAAGCCAAGUGAGCAAAAUACUUAUGCAGAUAUAGAAGCUGCUUACAAGUGUCUUGAAGAAAGCUAUGGUGCUAAGCAGGAGGAUAUUAUCCUUUAUGGCCAAUCUGUUGGAAGUGGCCCUACUGUGGACCUUGCCGCUCGUCUGCCUCGACUAAGGGCAGUUGUUCUGCACAGUCCUAUACUUUCUGGCUUAAGGGUCAUGUAUCCUGUGAAGCGCACAUACUGGUUUGACAUCUACAAGAAUAUUGACAAAAUCCCGUUGGUGAAAUGUCCAGUUCUGGUUAUUCAUGGCACUUCUGAUGAAGUAGUUGAUUGCUCCCAUGGGAAGCAGCUCUGGGAAUUAUGUCAAGAGAAAUAUGAACCCUUAUGGCUAAAGGGUGGAACCCAUUGUGACCUGGAACUAUAUCCAGAAUACAUUAGACAUCUGAAGAAGUUUGUAUCUACAGUUGAGAAGCCACCUUCACAGCGGAGUAUCUCAAGGAAGAGUGUAGACCGACCUGAAAAUUCGAGGAAGAGCACAGAUUGUUUUGAAGCCCCAAGGAAAAGCACAGACAGGAGAGAAAAGCCAAGACGAAGCACAGAUAAACCUGAAAAGCUGAAGAACUUCGAAUACAAAUUCUCCAAUGACGAGAAGUUCUCAAAGCUGAGGAUGCCUUUCGACCAGAUGGAGAGAUCGCGGAGGAGCGUGGAGAUUUUUGAGAAGCCCCGUAGAAGCAUUGACCAACAAAUGGAAAAGGCACGGAAAAGCGUGGAUUGGUUGGAUAGGAUUCGCGUUGGUUGAGCGCGAAGAGAGACAAUGUAAAUUCGAGCACACGUACGUACGGUAUUUUAGUGGUUGGGGGGGAAAGGAUAGAAGAAUUGAAAACGAUGAUGAUUAACUUGUUAAGAUUGGUGUCUUCCUUCUUAGCUUCUUCUGUAAUUGGAGUAUACUUUGUUGUUUCUAUGGUGUGGGGAAAAAGAGAAAGAGAAAAAGAUGGGUGAGAUGACAUUGUUACUACACAGAUUAAGCAGCAUGUCUUGCAUUGCAUGUGUUGAUAGAGACAGAGAGAGAGAGAGGCAGACAGGGCAGGCUUGUAUAGGAAAUGUUUUCUGAAACUUGAGAGUGCCAUUUUCCUAAGAUUGCUUUCUUUCUUGAAAUUCCCUUCUUUUAAAGAAUCUGUUGCCACUCAUGUUUGAAAAUUAUUAUUGCUUAUGCAUUCUGUAGUUAAGUUUCUGUCUACAAA